AAAAAAAAAAAAAAAAAAAAAAAACGUCUGGAGCUAGUCAUUUUGCCGGCUCGCACUGCCACGACAUAAUUGUCCGCUGUGUACGCGUGUCUCUCGGCUUGCCAUUUCGAAUCCCUCGCACCAUCAAGCAAAAACGAUUCGCCCGACAGGAAGCGCAUCGUCUCCGACAUUAUAGAUUGACCGCCCGACUCUGUAUAACUGGCGGGUUUGCACAGACUUUUGCGUCGCUACUGCGACCUCCCGACCACCCGGGAGCAAUGGCGGCCAGCUUUGCGAACAAGCGGUUGAGUAAAGAGUUGAUCAAGAUCAAAGAAAGUUUACCUCCUGGUAUUCUUCUCAUCAGUGCCGACAAUUUCGAGGAGUGGUUAUUAGACAUAAAAGUUCUGGACAAUAACCCCCUUUAUGCCAACGAAACGUACAGGCUGAAGUUCAGAUUCAGCUCAUCUUAUCCGAUAGAGCCGCCCGAGGUCGUCUUUACUAAGUUACCAGAUCGCCCGAUACCCAUGCACCCGCACAUCUACUCCAACGGCAUCAUCUGUUUAGACCUUCUGGGGCAACAGGGAUGGUCGCCAGUACAGAAUGUCGAGAGUGUUUGCAUGAGCCUACAGUCGAUGCUCACGGGCAAUACCAAAAACGAGCGACCGCCCGGGGAUGAAGAGUUCGUGCGAAGCAACAGGGCGCGACCGAGAGAUAUCGAUUUCUACUACCACGAUAACACUGUCUAAUUGGCAGCAUCGUUGGCGUCAAGAUGGCCCGAGGUCGGCAACCCUGGUAUCACUAGUCGAUGUUACCGACGACUGAAUCGGUUGGAAUGCCUGACCACUCUGCUUAAGGUUGAUUUACUACAUUGGGGAAAACUCAUUGGACUAGCGUGCGUUUUAAUAAGGUGCACAAGCGUUGUCGUUGUCUUCCAGCCGAGAAUGAUGAUAACGACUAUACGACGGGGGGCUUUUGAAUGCAUGGGGUUGGGUUUUACAAUUAUCUUGUAUGGUUACGAAGGGGUUACUUCGCCUUUGAUCAAGAAAUGAGAGCAAGCAUACAUGGCACAAAGCGUUAUUUAGCCAAACCAGGCUUCUUGACAUUGCGAAUGCUCAGUGACGAGCUAAAUGAGGGAGGGUUAUUUCAUGAAAAUGAUUCAAUGAAAGCCUGGGAGAACACCUUUAUAGUCAUUCACAACACAUCAAAGUUUAAAUAACAAACAGUG